AUGACGUACUCCGGCAAGAAAAACCCGCGGAAGCUUAAGCAUCAGCCAGAUCCACAAUUUAACUUUCUUGAAAAAACGAAAAAAGCAACCCUUGGUAGUCGACAAAAAAAAAGGUUGAAGAAAAGACUUUUCUCCGCCAAAAACGCUACCUUAGAAAAAAAAACUGUGGGCAAGAAGAAUUUGUUUGACGGAAAUGAGCUGGAUGUUGACCUAGAAUCAGAUUUCCCUAAAACGAUUGGGAAUUUAGAUGAUCUUAUCAGUGAUGAAGAAAUGAACGAGGCGCGUUUGGUCGAAAAUAAGGGCGAUAAUGAAGCUCAAUUAAAAAACGACGAAGAUGAGGUUGGAUCGGAAUGUGAAAAUGUUGCGACGAAUAUUACCGAAUCUGAUUACCGAUCUGGUCCUACUUAUGACAUGAAACUGUUAACUCAGCGAAUCAAAAAUUCAUUGCUUAUGCUAGAGGACUUUAAAAAUCGUGCUCCUUCGGGUUUAACCCGUAAAGCUUGUGUGGACUCUCUUCUUAAUGAUUUGUGUCAACGAUAUUCGUAUAAUCGCUUCAUGAUUAACAUACUUUACGACCUAUUUCCGAAAGAGAUUCUUGAAGUUGUGGAGUCGAAUGAAACUGAUCGUCCAGUCACUAUUCGUACAAACACGUUAAAAACGCGUCGAAGAGAUUUGGCUCAAGCUUUAAUUAACCGUGGAGUUAAUUUAGACCCCCUGGAGCCCUGGAGUAAAGUCGGUCUCGUCGUGUACUCCUCGCAUGUUCCACUUGGUGCCACACCUGAGUAUCUGGCGGGUCACUACAUAUUGCAGGGCGCUUGCUCCAUGUUGCCCGUGAUGGCACUAGCUCCUAAGCCUGGCGAGAGAAUCCUCGACAUGUGUGCCGCCCCUGGGGGAAAGACGACCUAUAUUGCCCAGUUGAUGAAAAAUACCGGCUCACUCUUCGCUAACGAUGUAAACGCGGAAAGAGCGAAGGCUUUGUUGGGUAACUGCCAUCGCAUGGGCAUUGUCAAUACAAUCAUCUGUGUGGAAGAUGGGCGGAAGUUCCACAACAUUAUGACAGGAUUUGAUCGUGUUCUACUAGAUGCUCCUUGUUCGGGUACAGGUGUCAUUGCGAAGGAUCCUUCUGUGAAAGCACACAAGACAGAUGAAGACAUUAAACAAUGUGUAAUGCUGCAGAAACAGCUGCUUCUUGCGGCUAUUGAUUGCUGCAAAGUUGGCGGUUACGUCGUAUACUCCACCUGCUCAAUCACUGUAAGUUGGUGGUCGGUUGUACCUUUCCAUGUUUUGGUUUAG